AUGAAUUAGUAGGAAUAAUAUUUCCAAUUGGAAGAUACUUGGAUUGGAUAUUAUUGGGAAAUGUCUCAAUAAAAAAUCAAUAGGUAUCGAUGGGAGAUCAAUCUAUAACACUCCAGAAUCUGUAUUGAGAAGAAAAAUUAAGUCAAGUCCAUGAGUACUUCGACUUUGAAUGAAAUGAUUGUAUCAAAUGCCACACCAGUAUUUUUUCAAAAAAAAAUAGAAUGUGAAAAAUGCGAAAAUGGCCUCUUCCUUCUGAAGGAAAAUCAUACACUAGAUUGUGGAAUUUUAUGUACUAAUUGUGAUAGUGAUCUUGGCUGCUAAUCUUGCUAUGGAGAAGCAAGUAAUAAUGGUUGGAGUGCGAAUCCUAAUCUGAAUGUCUAAAAUGUUAGACCUCCAAUUUAACUCACUGCAUUCAAUGUAAUGAUCCAAUUAAUCAAAAAUCUCUUGCAAUUGGAGAUACAAACUAUCCUUGCUACACUCAACCGGAUCUUUGCUUAAAAGCAAGAUCAGAGUAUAUCUGUGAUACUUGCAUCUAUGGAAUGCGAAUAAAAAAAUGGAGCCUAAAUUAAAACAUUAAGAUGCUCAUUUGAAAUAGAUCAAUAGUCUUUGACAAUUACUUAGAAGAAUAUUACUUCAUGUCUUGGAGGGUUUGUAAAUUUAAUAACUGGAAAUUGCGUCAGUAAUUGUGGAAUCGGUAAAUUUGGAAAUAUCACCUUAGGUUUUAAUGGUAUGAUUGAAUAGACUCUAUGUUUAGACUGUGAUUCAACUUGUUUCGAAUGCUCUUCAAAAUACUAAUGCUUAUCAUGCAAACGCGGGUUUUACCUUGAUCUUUAAACCAAAACCUGCAAAUAAAAGAUGGGUUAGCUGGAAACUACAAUAUAUGUUAAAUCAAUGGAAUAUAAUAGCUAAUAUAAUGCUGAUGGCUCUAGAGAAUACCCUUUUGGUUCAAUAAUAGAUGCUCUUACAAAUUCUUAUGAAAUAGGAUCCCCAUUUGAAUCAGCAACCGUAACAAUUCUACUUUUUUCUGAUUAGGACCACUCUAUGCUAAGAUAUGACACUAACUAAGGACUAUUUGUAAACAAAGAUAAGAAUGCUUAAUCAACUAAGAUUAUUAUAGAUACAGUCAAUUCUGUUUCUGUCAAAGUGUAUUACAAGAUGAGAGAUAAAUUUUAAUUCCAGGUGGGAGCUGGAUUAACUAUUAGGAAUAUUUAAUUCGAUGCUGUAGAUUCAAUACUAGAUAUUCGAGAUGUUUGA